AUGGACGUGUCUGACCCGGCAACCCCCGGGCGAGAGCCCAGCGCACGAGAGCCGCCUGAACCAACCGACGGCGAGCAGCAAGUAUCACCGCGCCGAGCCUCUCGCACAUCCGAAUCGUCGACUGAGGAUGGCUACCGCAUGAGCCCAGCUGCUGCGAGGCGGUUCGCCCGUAGGAAUAUGCGGAGGACCUCACCGACGCCAGAUCUCGUCACCAGCCUCGUCCGCCCCCCUUCGCCCGAGGCAUUCUACCUCCCCGACCAAUUCCGCCAAAACAAUGCGAGAUUAGACUAUGGUGGCCCCUCCAUGGUGAGGCUGCGGCCAAUUACUGGCGGUCGUGCCUUGGUUCACUCUCCCAGGCGAAGGUCGGGUCCAUUACAGUCUCCUCAUCCGUCAUCACUCGAUAUCCCCAACAAGUACGGUGGGAAUUGCAUAUUUGACAUGUACGCCCUCACAUACGUCGUGGAACCGGAUCCCAGCCUGCUUUGUCCGAUAUGCCACGACCCACUGGUAGAUCCGGUCACUACACCCUGCGAUCAUACCUUUUGUUACAGGUGUCUCCGGAGAAGCAUUGAGUCGAGCCCAUCUGGGACUGCCUGCCCCAUUGAUAGAGAACCGCUUCUCUGGUCCGACUGUUUCAGCGCCGAGAGGCUGGUGCGCACACAGCUCAACAGCCUGCUUGUCAAGUGCCCCAAUCGUAACCGGGGGUGCAAUAAGCAGAUCCGGCGUGAGGCGAUAGAAAGCCACGCUAGAAUCGAUUGCCGAUUCAAGGACUACCCAUGCCCAGACGCUGAGUGUGAUAAGCGUGUGAGGGACAAAAGCGCCGACGGCAAAUGUCUGCAUGACGAGAGCCCGUGCAAGUACUGCCAUGAGGCCGUGGAGGAGGCAGAGAAGGAGUGGCACUUAGUGUCAUGCCCCAAAACAAAGACUCGGUGCGAAGCCUGCUGGCAGCUUGUGUCCAAAGCUUCCAUGACUGAACAUCACGAACUCGAGUGUGACGGUGCCGAGGUCGCAUGUACAUAUAACGACCUGGGUUGCCCCGUUCGGAUGGAGCGUGGCCAUCUGGCAGAGCACACUCUCACAUGUGCCUUUCAUCCCGACACGGCGUCGGGCAUUAUCAUCAGAUCUCAGCGCGAGCUUAUUCAAACCUACAGCGAUUUAUCGACCCGCAUGCAGGAUAUGCAAAAGGUCCAGGAGGAGACGGCACAGCGCCUUGAACUGCUGACCAAGGCGGUAGAAAAGUCCGGCCCGAUCAGCACCAGCGGCGUGAGCGAGAACAGGACGAUCCAAGACCUGGAUGCGGGCUUCGAGGAGGUACAUCAGAACCUAACUCACCUGGAAGCGCGGCAGAGCAUGUGGACGCUGAACCAGGUCAUGCCCAUAAGAGAGGAAGUGGCUGAGCUUCGGAACAAUGUCAACAUGAUUCGCAUGCAUCUCAACUGGCUGAGAAGCCGCGAGGAAGGCAGGAUGAGGGCUGCCAACAACAUGACCAAUUCGGCCGACAGAAACCCUGUUCUCACUGAGCGACGGCGUUCGUCCAACCCCGAUAUGGAUAUUCCACAGCAGCCCCCAGACGCCUGCCUGAAGCACUUAUCGAUAGUUCGCACGUCAUUCCCCCACAGCCGCGCCUGCAGUCGCCAACACCUUCUGCCCGUCCGUGCGCGCCCCAUGGAUCCCAACGAGAAUCCCCCUUCAUGGGUCGGCGGAGAUGGUCCAGAUAAAGAGAAGAUGGAGCAGAUCCGAGCCAGACGUCUCGCCAAGCUUGGCUCCUCGGCGCCAGCUGCUCCUAAAUCAGAUGAUGCCAGCAGUUCGACCGGCGGACAGCCCCGGAAGCCGUCAUCGCCAGCUCCAUCUGCAUCUUCGUCCUCCUCAGCCCCCAAGCCCGCCGUCGCAGGAGCUCCGAGCUCGAACCCCUUCUCAAGAUUAGGCACUGAUGAUGGCAGCCGUAAAGCAUCGGACCAGACAAGCUCAACAGGUACACCUCGUCCCUCCCGCAAGCGGCCAGCAUCCGAUAAUGUUGACGUUGGCUCUCCAGCUCCGCCACACAGACCGACCCCCCCUCCGGCCGAGUCAGACGAGGACUAUGCGAACCGCGUGCUCUCCCAGAUCUUCCGCAUCACCGUCAAUCCGCAUCAGAUGGCCAGCUCGGGCGGCCAACGGUUGAUAUUCCUGCCCGGCCUGAACGAGGAGUUGAACGAGGCACGCGAGCCCUUGAAGAUCACAACAGCCAACCUGGACCAGGCCGUCCUCGAAGCUGCGAGCUCAUUGCCCCAAGACAAACCUCUGAUGGAUUUCCUGCUGCCGUGCUGGAAGCGUGCUGUCAAAGCUGCUUCCUCUUCUAGGUUCCCGACCGGCCCCAAGCACGAGGUUCACGAGGAAUCAAAGCGGCUGGCCCUCAGUCACUGCCUCUUUUCAUUGACGCUGCCGGACCUCUACGGACGGGGACCCAAUCCUAACCACGAUUCAUUGCUGCCAUAUAUCUUGAGAGGUGUUUUGGAUGAGAAUGGUCUCGAUCUCGAAUUCUACAAGGAGGCUAUUAAACGGUUUGAUGAUGACGAGGCGGUCCCAUCCCUCUUCACUGAUUCCAUGGUCAAAAUCAGCACCCGUCUAGGAACCAUGUCGAUGGAAGAUGACUAUCGACCUUACGUUCAGGCAUUGUUGGUUUAUGCACGGUUCCCGGUAUUGAUCACAAACUUGGCAAAACAUCCCACAUUCAACAUGGCGCAAUCGGCCCCGGGUAUUGAGAAACACACAUUGCUUGGUCCCUUCUUCCGUCUGUCGCCUCUCCAGCCAGAGGCUAUCCGUAGUUACUUCCCCGGGGCACGGACGCUGGACAAGUCAAGAAUCGCAAACGCGCAGGAUUCUCUGCGUAUGGUUUUACGGACACACCAAGACGACUUAUUCGUAAUUGCUAAUGCAUUCAUUCGAGCUGGUCUCGAAACGCGGAGCCGUACCUUGGACUGGUUUGCUUAUGUUAUGAAUAGCAACCACAAACGGAGAGCGCUUCAAGUUGACCCGCGCGAAGUGGCCUCGGAUGGUUUCAUGCUGAACAUCACCACGAUACUGGACAGGUUCUGUGAGCCUUUCAUGGAUAACGACUUUAGCAAGAUUGACAAGAUUGAUGUCCGGUAUUUCAAGCGAAAGCCGCGAGUCGAUAUCAAGGAUGAGACCAAGAUCAACGCCGACCAAGCGGCGGCGGAUGAGUACUACUCGCAAACUGAGGCUGGUGAAUCCAACUUCAUUUCGGAGGCCUUCUUCCUCACUCUUGCCGCACAUCACUACGGUAGUGAGGCAGCAAAUUCACAGCUGAAGAACCUGGACCGGGAGAUUAAGUAUCUGGAAAAGCACAUCAAGGCCAUGGAGGCAGAGCGCCCUAAGGUGGCCAAUGUCCCUGCUCAGCUCCGACUUUUUGAAGAGACCCUCAAGCGCCGCACUACUGUUCUAGAAAAGACAAUCGCUUUGAAGCAUGCCAUCGAGGGUGUCCUCCUCGACGAACGUAUGCAGAGUACCUCUCUUCGUUUCAUGCGAUACGUUGCGGUUUGGCUGUUGCGUCUUGCAACGGGAUCUGAUUAUAAGCCUGGACAAGAGAGCCAACAAAUCAGCCUCCCAUUAUCAGCCGAGCAACACAACGGUGCAUUCGCGUGCUUGCCCGAGUAUGCUCUUCAGAACAUCGUAGACAACUUCAAAUUCGUGUUCAGGUGGCUACCAAACAUUCUGCUCAGCGCCGUUGGCGAAGAGCUGAUCGCACUCUGCGUUACACUCUUGCGUUCAUCAGAAUACAUCAAAAACCCCUACCUUAAGUCUUCUCUCGUCACACUUCUGUUUAGUGGAACGUGGCCUUUCAUGCACUUAAAGAAGGGUGUUUUGGGUGACCAGCUGAUCGGCAUGAAGUUUGCCAACGACUAUCUUUUGCAUGCUCUCAUGAAGUUCUACAUUGAAGCCGAGUCGACAGGUGUCAACACACAGUUCUACGACAAGUUCAAUAUUCGUUAUGAAAUUUUCCAGGUCAUCAAAUGUGUCUGGGUCAAUGAUGUGUACAGGCAGCAACUGACCCGUGAAAGCCACGUUAACAAGACAUUUUUUGUGCGCUUCGUCAACUUGUUGCUCAAUGAUGCAACCUAUGUCCUGGAUGAAGCAUUCACGAAGUUCCCCAAAAUUAGAAUUAUCGAGAAAGAAUUAGAGGAUCCCACGCUCUCUGCAGAGGACAGACAAAAGAAGGACGAGGAACUACAGACUCUGGGGAGCCAGGCCACGUCGUACAUGCAACUCGCUAACGAGACUCUGGAGAUGAUGAAGUUGUUUACCGAAGCACUCGGAGACUCUUUCACAAUGCCCGAGAUUGUCACUCGUCUAGCCAGCAUGUUGAACUACAACCUCGACACCCUUGCUGGAAAGAAGGCCGGUGCAGAGCUUAAUGUCUCUAACCGAGAGAAGUACCACUUCCGACCUAUUCAGCUAAUUUCCGACUUUGUCUGGAUCUACCUAAAUCUCGCGUCGUCAAAAGUUUUCAUUGAUGCUGUUGCCGCAGACGGCCGAUCCUACAAGCCCGAGGUCCUGGAUCGGGUAAGCAGAAUCCUGCAGUCCCGGAACCACAUGGACCCGGCCGAUAUUGGACGAUGGAAUAUCCUCAAGGCCAAGUUCUUCGAGUCCAAGCAAGUGCUGGACCAGGCCGAGCUUGAUCUUGGUGACAUCCCAGCCGAGUUCGAGGACCCCAUCAUGGGCGACCUCAUGACCGACCCAGUCCUGCUGCCCAGCAAGCACAUUGUUGACCGUUCAACGAUUGCUCAGCACCUUCUCAGUGACCCCAAGGACCCAUUCACCAGACAGCCCAUGACGGUGGACGAUGUCAUCCCACAGGAUGAGCUCAGAGAGCAGAUUGAGAAGUGGAAGGAGGAGAAGGUCAAGGCGGCCCGGGAGAAGUUUGAAGCUACUGCCAUGGACACGAGCGAGUAG